CUUACGAAGACGGUCUAUAUAUAGGUGUAUACGACUUUAUAAGGUUCCAAUUCCAAAACCCAAGUCGGUGGCCUCUCUCACAGAUCAAAAAUCUCUCCGAGCUUAAGCGAGAGAACGAAACCAGUCUCCUUUUUUAUCUCGUGUAGGAACCAAGACAUUGAAUUUUGAAUUUGAUCUUGGAGAAUGAGUGAUCAAGAUUUCGAAGGGAGUAGUGAACCAGUGGACCUUAUCAAUCAUCCGUCAGGGAUCGUUCCCACUCUUCAGAACAUCGUUUCUACAGUUAACUUGGACUGCAAGCUUGACCUAAAGGCGAUAGCUUUGCAAGCACGGAACGCCGAAUAUAACCCUAAACGUUUUGCCGCUGUGAUCAUGAGGAUAAGGGAACCAAAGACCACGGCGUUGAUCUUCGCCUCGGGGAGGAUGGUCUGCACUGGAGCCAAGACGGAAGACUCCUCCAAGCUGGCUGCUAGGAAGUACGCCAGGAUAAUUCAGAAACUUGGGUUCGAAGCAAAGUUCAAAGACUUCAAGAUUCAAAACAUCGUAGCUUCUUGUGAUGUGAAGUUUCCUAUAAGGCUUGAAGGCCUUGCUUGCUAUCACCACGCUUUCGCAAGUUACGAGCCGGAGAUAUUUCCAGGACUGAUUUAUAGGAUCAGAGGGAGAGGAGAGGAUAAAGAGAGUAAAGGAGCACAGGUUGUGAAAAAAAAAAAGAAAAGAAAAGAGAGUAAAGGAGCACAGGUUGUGAUGCUAAUCUUUGUGUCUGGGAAGAUAGUUAUCACUGGAGCCAAGAAGAGAGAGGAGACCUACAAGGCCUUUGAGAAUAUAUACCCGGUCCUCACUCAGUUCCAGAAGAAGUUCAGGAGGUAGGCCAAGCUCGGAUCUUGGAGCUGUGUGUGGUCUUUUGUCCCCUUGGAUUGCUAAGCUUGCUUCGAUUUUCUUUUUUUUUCGUUUAACGAGUAUUGAUUUUGAUGUUUGGGAUAUGAGAAAGAUCAGUAUAUUCAUAUUAUUACAAGAAAAAUAUCUUUGAAA